UCGAUGAAAAAUGUGAAGUUUGCGGGGUCAAUAUCCUCGCGUUAGAGAGAGAAAACGAUAGAUGGAACAAAACCGAUAGCCGUGUCAUCAGAUUGGCGAUCGGGACGAAAUAUUUAGCGAAUGUUACUGAGUUACAAUAACAUUCCGCAGUUCUAUUCCAAUCGUGAAGCAGACUAGUUUGCAAAGUAUGGCGGGGAACGAAAUGAACAUGUAUUUUUUGGUAUUUGUUGCCGUCACUACGCUGUCUGGACAUAUUUCUGGCCGCUACAUCUCCAAACCAGGCUCUAUGAAUGUCCGAUUUGAAAUACACAACGCCCCGAAAACGGAUACUCUGAGCAAGCCAGAUCUCUACGUUUCGGUGCAAAUCACGGCAUAUGUGACUUACGAAAUGUCCUCGGGCUGCACCCGAACGACCAGCCACGUGCAGGACUCGUACCACCCCGUCUUCCCGGAAGUCUACACGUACAACUAUGGAGGUCCUUAUGAGACCCUGUUCUUUAUCGUGUACGAGAAGGAACCUUUCCUCAUGGCGGACAAGGUCUGACAUAUUUUUAAUGUGCCAAUCAAACUUGGGACGGCCCGUGUGGGCACAAGGGAUUUGCUUGAAAAAAACGAGGCCAGAAACAUGAUUUAUCCGAUAAAGCCUGGGGAUGUACUUCAAGGUCCGAAUGGAAAUAUUACUUGGUUCUACGUCUACGCGGACAAUGGGACCGGAACGGACCACAUCCUCAAGACGAAAAGGGGCAACCACACCAUUCUUAGUUUGUCCUGCAAGUGACCAAAUAUGCAAGUUUCAAAUCAAAAAGUGCAUAAGAGAUAAAUA